AGCGGAUUAUUACAAACUAUGACAGGAUUGGAUGAGGCUUUAGAAGCGAUAGUGCAGGAUGAAAUGGCUGGUGUUUGUGUGUGUUAUCGGAUGCUCGGCCGGGGAGGAUUUCCCGUCUCUGAUCACGGCGAAUUCCUCGAUAGCCGUGAUCCUAGACCGGGCGUUCCUAGGGGACCAGCAUCAGAGCAUCCUGGACGAGCUGAAGGACUACAUCCGGGAGCUGGCGCGAGUUGAGCUGAAGCACGGCGGGGUGGUGGUACACUACUUCUCAUGGACUGCUAUUAACCUGAAGAAAGGCUACCUAGCGAUAUUCAGCGUGGCGUCAUGCGAGGAUACGUGGUCGCUAUUCGAGCGAGCUGAAGAGGAACAGAUGCUGAUGUUCGCGUUGACCGAGGUGGAUUGUCCGCGUCUGCCCAUGGACUCCGCCAUAACCGUCACAUUUGCUGAAGCUGGGCAGGAGCUUCCGCAGUUGUUGCUGGAUCUGCGGACGACCAAAACGUUCCAGUGGAAGGCGGCGGUGAUUCUACACGAUGAUACUCUUGGUCGAGACAUGGUGUCUCGUGUGAUCCAGUCGCUGACAUCACAGGUUGAGGAUGAGGACGUACCUUCGACCUCUGUGUCCGUAUUCAAGAUGAAACAUGAAGUUAACGAAUAUCUGCGAAGGAAAGAAGUGCAUCGAGUGCUGUCGAACAUUCCUACGAAAUAUACAGGCGAGAACUUCAUAGCAAUAGUCACAACUGACGUCAUCACGACUCUCGCGGAGACCGCUAGGGAGCUGCUCAUGUCACAUACCCAGGCGCAGUGGCUAUACGUCAUAUCCGACACUAGCUCCAGAACCGGGAACUUCUCCAACCUGAUAUACGAGGUGUACGAGGGAGAGAAUAUGGCGUAUAUUUAUAACGCGACGGACAAUAGCAAAGAGUGCCAGAACAGUCUCACCUGUUUCUGUCACGAGCUGAUGAGCGCGUUCGUAUCGGCGUUGGACGCGGCGGUGCAGGAGGAGCUGGAUGUGGCCGCGCUGGUCUCCGACGAGGAGUGGGAGGCGAUCAAACCCACGAAGAUGCAGAGGAGGGACACCAUGUUGAGGCAUAUGCAGCUCCACCUGUCAGGUCACAGCGCGUGCGGCAACUGCAGCAGCUGGCGCGCACUGGCGGCGGACACGUGGGGCGUCACGUACCGUGAACACGCCAACGGAUCUACUGCCAUUGAUGAGAUUGAGCUGCUGGAGGUGGGUUACUGGCGGACGACAGACGGCGUCAACUUUCGCGACGUUCUUUUUCCUCAUGUCCACCACGGGUUUCGAGGGAAGGAGUUACCUAUCCUGACUUAUCAUAGCCCUCCCUGGACGAUCUUACAAACGAACUCCUCUGGCGCUAUUACAAGCUACAGCGGUUUAUUCUUUGACAUCGUCAACCAACUGGCUAAGAGCAAAAACUUCACGAUACGCAUCGUUCUUCCCACCAAUUUUAAAUACAACAUCUCCAAUGAAACGACAAGCAUGAACACUAUCAGUUCAUCCCUGACGUCAUCUGCAAUAGCGAAGGGUCACGCUGCGCUAGCAGCAGCACCUUUCACCAUACUGUCUGAUCCUCCUGCAGGUAUAAACUACACGAUAGCGGUGAGCACGCAGCUGUACGCGUUCAUCGUGGCGCGGCCGCGGGAGCUCAGCCGGGCGCUGUUGUUCCUCCUGCCUUUCACUACUGAUACAUGGCUGUGCCUCGGUUUUGCGGUGGUACUCAUGGGCCCAGUGUUAUUCGUCAUCCACCGCUUGAGUCCGUACUACGACGCCAUGGAUAUGACCAGACGGGGCGGUCUGUCCACUAUACAUAAUUGUCUGUGGUACGUCUACGGGGCAUUGCUGCAGCAGGGAGGAAUGUACCUCCCCCGAGCGGACAGUGGUCGUCUCGUGGUAGGCACAUGGUGGUUGGUCGUGCUAGUGGUAGUCACCACGUACUCCGGCAACCUGGUUGCCUUUCUAACCUUCCCCAAGCUGGAGGUGCCUGUCACCACUGUGAGCGAUCUGCUGGAGAAUAACGCUUAUACGUGGUCGAUCACCAAGGGAUCUUACUUGGAGAUGGAGUUGAAGAACUCUGACCAGCCGAAGUACGUAGCGUUACUGAGAGGAGCCGAGCUGACAGAGGGCAAUAACAACAUCGAAGCCAUCGUCGCGUCCAGCGAGCGGUUGCUGCAGCGUGUUCGGGAUGAAAGACACGCGAUCAUCGACUGGCGCAUGCGGCUCACAUACCUCAUGCGAGCACACACGCUUAGGACUGAUAUGUGCGACUUCUCUAUCAGUUCAGAAGAAUUCAUAGACGAGAAGAUUGCAAUGAUCGUGCCGGCUGGAAGCCCGUAUCUGCCUGUCAUCAAUAAAGAGCUGAACCACAUGCACAAAGCGGGACUCAUCACCAAGUGGCUAUCAACCUACCUGCCGAAGCGCGACCGCUGCUGGCGCACAUCCGGCGUGGCGCAGGAAGUCAACAACCACACCGUCAACCUCAGGGACAUGCAGGGCUCCUUCUUUGUGCUGUUCCUGGGUGUGAUGUCAGCAUCGGCGGUGCUGAUAGCGGAGUGGCUGUACCGCCGACGAGUGAAGAGGGUCGAGCAGGUCGUCAUCAAACCUUACAUGGAGUAA